CUCUCUCUGUGUAGAGAGAGAAACACAAGCAAAUCAACAGAUCGAUCCAUAAUUAACAUGAUCAAGUUGCAGAUUUGUAGAUCAAACUAUCAAUGGUCUACGCUCGUCUCCCUUACACUCUUUGCUGUAGUUUUCGUCGGUUCCAUCUCCUACGCCUCCAACCGCUUCUCUCUCCUCUCUCUACCUUCUUCACCAUGGCCAUGGCGAUGGACGACGUCGUCCUCUUCAUCUCUAAAUUUCUCUAUUCCUUCCAUAAAUCUCCACCAUCCACCACCAUCACCACCACCACCGUUAAUAAACCCUAAAACGGCUCUCUACUCCAUGUUCCAUUGUGAUUCUGAUGCGUGUAAGAAGCAGAACGGGAAGAUGAACAAGGUGGUUAGCAAAUUGAUGAAGGAAUUGAAAGACGAAACCUUGUUCAGAAUGAAGAAGAAGAACAAGAUGAAGAGAGAUAAGAAGCUGGAGAAGGUAGAAGCGGAGCUUGGGAGAGCUAGGGUUUUGAUCAGUGAUGCCGGUGAGAGUAAUCACAGCCGUUCAUCUGAUCCUGAUUAUGUUCCUCGCGGAAGUAUCUACAGAAACCCUUCCAUGUUUCACAGGAGUUACUUAUUGAUGGAGAAGCUAUUCAAAGUAUACGUCCAUGAAGAGGGAGAACCACCCUUAUUCCAUACAGGUCCUACCAAUAACAUUUACUCCAUCGAAGGACUCUUUCUCAACUACAUGGAGAACGACCCUCAUUUUCGGAUCUCUGACCCAGACCGAGCUCAUGUCUAUUUCCUCCCAUUUAGUGUCGCCAUGAUCCUCGAUAACCUUUUCGAUCCCAUCAUCCGUGACAAAGCUGUCUUAGGGCGUGUUAUCGGUGAUUAUGUGCACACAGUUUCAUCAAGGUACCCCUACUGGAACCGAAGCCUUGGAUCCGACCAUUUCAUGCUUUCUUGCCAUGAUUGGGGGCCUAGAGCAACAUGGUAUGUUCAUUCCUUAUAUUUCACUUCGAUACGGCUACUAUGCAAUGCAAAUACCUCUGAGUUUUUCAAUCCAAGAAAAGACGCAUCAAUCCCAGAAAUCAGUCUUCAUAUAGGUGAGACGACCACGAUUACUGGAGGUCUACCUGCAUCUAACCGUACAACCCUGGCUUUCUUUGCGGGUGGCCAAUUUCAUGGCAAGAUUAGGCCACUGCUUUUCCAACACUGGAAAGAUAAAGACCAAGACAUACAGUUGUACGAUAGAGUGCCUAAAAACGUCUCAUAUCAUGAAAUGAUGAAAACGAGCCGGUUUUGCUUAUGCCCUAGCGGGUUUGAAGUGGCUAGUCCACGAAUAACAGAAGCAAUCUAUGCUGAGUGUGUACCCGUGUUGAUUUCUCAGCACUAUGUUCUACCAUUUAGUGACGUUCUCAACUGGGAUGCAUUUUCAGUCCGAGUGUUGGUGAGUGAAAUACCAAAUUUGAAGAAGAUUUUGUUGGGAAUAUCGGAUGAUAAGUAUACGAGGUUGCAGGAGAAUGUUAAAAUGGUACAACGACAUUUUUUGGUGAAUAAUCCAGCAAAAAGAUAUGAUGUUUAUCAUAUGAUUUUACACUCAUUAUGGUUGAGACGAUUAAAUUUACAGAUUUAUGGUUGAUACCUCAAUCCUUUCGUCUGGUGAGACUUGUUCAGGUGACCAGAACGCGCUAAGGGGUCGAUGAAUCUGGUUUCCGAGUAUUUCUUAUAAAUUAAAUUCAUCCCAUAGAGGUAGAUCGAUAGAACUUGUAUAAUUUUGAUGCAUCUAUACAAGAAAUAUAUCAAAUGUAUCAACAGAACCAUAAAAAUCCAUAAGUUAAUGUUUGGUGCCCUGAGAUGAAUG